GUUUAGACCAACCGUGAACUUUGGGAUUCAUAAUUUUUUUAACUUAAGGGGUUUGGUUUGUGUUGGUUAUUCUAUGUUAACCAAACUGAACCAAACCAAACCCGACCCGGUCAAAAUCCCGAAUGUGUGUUUGUAUCUACUCUCUAGGUUUUACCAGCCGCCUUCAUCAGUCCACCGAUCACCUAUUCACUCUUCUUGUUUUGGUUUCCAUCUUUUUCAUGACUCAAAUUUAAGGAACUUAAAAGCAUAUCUGUUUCUUGUCUCUGAUCUAGCAUAUCUCCGAUCAAGUCUGUCGUAAUUACUCAGGUGUUGAUUGUUCUACUUGGAGUGAAAACAACCUUUUUUUUAAAUUUCAGGUGAUAGAAGAGAUUCUGAAAUUCAGUCGUACAUCACCACCACUGGGAAUAUGAGAAAACAUGUUGAUAUAAUAAGCACUUUGCCAGAUGACCUUCUGUGUUGCAUUAUUUCACUUCUCCCCUCGAAGGAUGCAAUUGGUACUUCAAUUCUCUCUAAAAGAUGGAAAAAUCUCAUGGAUUUUGUCCCAGUUCUCAAUCUUACGUGUCGUAUUCCUACACCCGGAUUUAUAAAUACCUUAGACAAAUUAUUUUCAAGUACUAGUAGCUCAUCAAAUCUUCAAAAACUCCGGCUGCAAAUAAGUGGUUGCCAUUGGUACAUUGUUCUGAAUCAUGUUAAUAGUUGGAUUCGUUCAGCAAUUAAUCGUAACGUUGCUGAGCUUGAUGUUUGUCUACCUGACGAUGUUUUUAACACAGUUGAAAAUGAUGAAGAGUUUGCUUUGCGUGUUGUGCCAUCUGAUUCACUGCAGACUCUAAAAGUUAGAGGAGGAUUGGGUCUACGCAUGCCCUAUACUAUUGGCUCUUUUAAGAACCUGAAAACGUUUUGGCUUUGGAUAUAUGAUCCAGAUAAGGAACUUCUGGCGAAGUUGUUCUGUAGUCUUCCUCAACUUGAAACAUUGUUUAUUGAUGCUUAUUUUUCAAAGAUCGUGAAAGGGGAUACGAACAUGUGCAUUAAUAUCAUUGCACCUGCUUUAAAGUGGUUAAACUUGUCUAUUGACCAAGAAGAUUAUUAUGAUGUUGAUCUUAAGGUACUGAUUGAUACCCCAAUGCUGGAAGAUAUCAUUCUUGAAGAUGGCUAUCUAGCCGCCUACUUGGUCAUGAGCGGGCCUUCCCUUGUUACCGCAACAUUGGAUGUGGGGAUGGAUUAUUAUCAUCUAAUUAAUACUCAUCGUGACAACCGUUAUGUUCGCGCAGUCGAGCUUCUUAGAGGACUUUCUAAUGUCAAGUCGCUUGAAAUUAACUAUAGUGCUUCAGCUGCACUGGAUCGGGCUUUUCAAGACCGACUCCCCAUAUUAAACAAUCUAACCUGCUUGAAUUUGGAUGAUCUGCCUCUUACUGGCUUAUCACUAAUACCAAGGUUUCUUGAAAGUGCACCAAAUUUAAAAGAAAUUGCCGUAACAAUACAGCCCCAAGUUAAAUCUAUUAUGGGGUGGUCCUGGAAGUCGCCAACUGCAUUGCCUACUAGCUUGUUACAUCUGGAAGAAAUUGAGAUCCAAGGAGCCAAGAUUAUUGAAAGUGAUCCCAGUUUUUCUGUUAUGGUGAAUUACAUAGGGAGAAGUUGAUAAAGCCAUUACCAGUACUCAAACCAUGACGUGAAGGGAAAUAUUGCAGAACACUACCAGCUACAGAAUCUUGAUCAAUGGUUAUUGUAAAAAACUGAAAGUGGAAAGAACACUGGAGUUAAUUUCAACAUAUGCCCCACGAAGGUUCACGCUGACUCUUCAGGACUUACUACUGCAAGGUUUUUUUAAUAUUUUUUAAGUAGACGACGUUAAACCAAGGACUCCAAUUGGACAAAGUGGCAUGUGGUAUCCUGUUAUCAUAUCAAAAAAUUGCAGAGAAGUGAAAUAAGAAACACAGCUGAAAGUUUGUCACUACUCACUACUGUUUGCUACCUUCGACAAUGCUGCAGAGCUGGAAGGCCUCAUUCUCCCUGUUUGAUUUAGGUUGCUCCCAUUUCGCUCAUCAUUACUGUGGAAAUCGCUUUUGCUUUCUUUCGGUUUACAAAUUCCAAUUCUUUGGAAUUUAGAGAUUGGCCGCGACGUCCGACUCAAAGAGAUGGCAAGGAACUAAAGAAGCAUAUCUCUCUAUUUUGUCUCCAAUCUAGCAUAUCUCCAAUCAGGUCUAUGUUGAUUACUCAGGCCACUUGAUCAAUCACUCCUGGUUAUGCAGGACGAACAUAUUAGCACUAGCACAUGCAUCAAAUACAUUUGGUGCAGACAUCGGGGUUUGCGGACAUUUGCCAACCCUUUGUCAGUUCCUCAAAAUGACAUCUUUAAUCAUGGCCUUAGUGGAGAGGGGGAGGUCAUAGGCUUCACAUGUGGUGAUAACGAUCUUGGAAUUGUCUGGUAAUAAUGUUAAUCAUUCGGAACUCGAGGCAAAGCCUACUUGAUGCACCAGUGGGAGGAUUUGAGGCUGACAGAGAAAGAGUGUACAUAUAUGUAUAAUGGCAGGGUGAUUCUUGACAAAUUGAGGGUGAAAUAUCAUAAGAAGCCCUUGAUGAAGCUUCCAAAGUUCAUUGAGCAUGAUGAUAUGGUGUACACCUGGGCAUAUGGUUUUUACAUCAUAGAGGGUAUAUUGUUUCCUACAUCCUCCCGAGACACUUUGCAACCCUGAUACUUGUUGCUCAUACAUGAUAAAGAUGAGAUUGUUGGUUAUGCUUGACAAAUGAUGUCAACUUGAAACGUUGUUCACUGAUGCAAAAUUUUCAAAGAUUAUGUUGUUAAUUGAUAUGAACAUGUGCAAUAAUAUCAUUGUGCCUGCUUUGAAGUGGUUAUCCUCGUGUAUUAACCACAAAAUUAUCACAAUGUUGAUUUUAAGGUACUGAUCGAUAGCCCAGUGCUUAAAAUUAUUACUCUUGUAGAUGACUGUUUAGUUGCCUUCUCGGUCAUGAGAACACCUUCCCUUGUUGACGCAACAUUGUACGUGUGCACAAUUGAGCUUAUCAAGGGUAUUUCUAUUGUCAACUCUCUUGAAAUGAGUGAACAUUACUUUUGCUCACACAAUUGAGCUUAUCAAGGGUUUUUCUAAUGUCAACUCUCUUGAAAUGAGUUAACAUUGCUUUUGCUCACCUACAACACUUAUUCGUGGUUGUUUCCAUAUAAAGUACAUUGAAGCAGAAAUGUUUUUGUCAAAGGUAUAACAAAGUGAGAGAUUGCUAAGGUACAAUAUAUUUUCACUUCUCCAGCAAUUUUCAAGGGUUUGCAAUCAAAUUUGCGAGCAGUAACAAUCAGGAUAGCGCAAUGGACAGGCUCUACUACCAUCCUGUAAAGUGUCAUUGUUGUAAGGUUUCAAUUUCAAAUGCUACUGCCCAUCAAUUGCUUAUGUGAAGAAGGGCAUGUGAUAUUUGAGUUAGAAAGAAAUAUAUAUAGACAAGAGUACGAGAGGAUUGCAUCGAUGCAGUGGCAAGAUUUGCCCAUUGUGCUUUUGUGCUUUCUGUAAUAAUCCAUACAAUGGAUCAGCCUCAACUCGAGAAAGAAGUGAUCCUUAUUGUUUAUGUAUGCACCUGCCAAGGAGUUAGCACAUCAAGUAUAUUUAGAGGCCAAAAAUCUAAUAGGAUAUGUGUUUCUGCAGUAGACGGUGGACUGUCCAAAAUUGAACAACUCACACAAUUGAAGUCAGGAUGUGAAAUAGUUGUGGCUACUUCUGGGAGAUU